GGGACAGGGAGAGCCCUCAACAUCAUAAACAAGAAGAAGUUGAAGCAGACAGGGACAGGUACCACCCUAAAAUCCAAGCCAAAUCCAAAGAGUGAGCUCAACAGGACAGAGCCUCUGUCUUGGGGAGCUCAACAAGCCACUGCCCUCCUAUUUGUGCUCUCUCUUAUUUCAGAUCCAGGUGUCCCGGUCACAGUUUGAAGGAAUCCCCAGCUAAAAGUUUGAGCCUUUUAUUGUUCUCAAGGUUUCAGUUGGAGCAUUUGUCAACUUCUAGAACUACCUGCCUGGACGAAGCUCCUCUUCUGAUUUCGACUCAUGUACGUUUUGGUGAAUGCAUAACUGAAGCUAGGGAAUCUGAUAUCAACUUAGUACUUGGGUGCUUUUGUGUUCAGUUGGAAAAGGGUGGUGAAACUAAGAUACUUGGAAAGAAAGCUUCUGAGCGACGAUUGUCUGAUUCGUGGUUGAGUGAGGAACUGGAUAUUGGUAUGGCUGUUGCCAACAGCAGUAGCAACAGGGAACAAUCAACACGGUUAUGCAAUUCUUACAAAAUCUUGAGCUUAACUUCCUCCAUCUUGGAUGCAAAUGAGACAUCAAAUCUAAAAGAUCGGUAUAUUCUUGGAGAGCAAUUAGGUUUGGGGCAAUUCGGUGUUAUUAGGGCGUGCACUGAUAAGUUUACUGGAGAGGUGUUGGCAUGCAAAUCAAUAUCUAAAGAUCGAUUAGUGACCUCAGAUGAUGUCCGUAGCAUCAAGCUUGAGAUUGAAAUCAUGACCAGGUUGUCUGGUCACCCAAAUGUUGUAGAUCUCAAGGCGGUGUAUGAAGAGGAAGAGUACGUUCAUUUGGUGAUGGAGCUCUGUGCAGGAGGGGAGCUUUUCCACCAGUUAAAGAAACAUGGGCAGUUCUCUGAAUCCGAUGCGAGGGUCCUCUUUAGGCAUCUGAUUCAGGUAGUUUUAUAUUGUCAUGAAAAUGGGGUUGUCCACAGAGAUUUGAAGCCUGAGAAUAUUCUGUUGGCCACAAAGGCCUCCUCAUCUCCAAUAAAAUUGGCAGACUUUGGUCUUGCAACUUAUAUCAAGCCUGGUCAGAGUUUGCAUGGUUUGGUGGGGAGUCCGUUUUAUAUAGCGCCUGAGGUACUUGCCGGGGGAUAUAACCAGACUGCUGAUGUUUGGAGUGCAGGGGUAAUUCUUUACAUUCUUCUUAGCGGUAUGCCACCAUUUUGGGGGAAGACAAAGUCAAGCAUAUUUGAUGCCGUUAGGACCGCUGAUCUGAGGUUCCCAUCUGAUCCCUGGGAUGGCAUUACUGAAUCAGCUAAUGAUUUGAUUCGAGGAAUGCUCUGUAAAGAUCCUUCUAAAAGGCUCACCGCUCACCAGGUUCUAGAUCAUUCCUGGAUGACGAGUAUGGAAUCCCUUUCUAAACAACCUAGUCAAUGUCAAACUUUAGGUUGCGGAGAAUGUGAUGUGGGCAGUAGCUCAUUCACCACCCCUUUUAUGUCCAGGAGUCAGGACAUCAGCUUUGGUACCACAUCACCUAGUAUAUGUGAAGUCCAAUCCCCCACAUUCACAUGUAGGUCAUCAUUUUCUCCUUUCCUGGUAGAGCCAUCUACUCCUUGCUUGGCAUCUGGUGGGCUGUCGUUCCGUAGCAAUGGCGUCUCCAAUUGCCUGGAAUUCUCCUCCCCUGUUUCCUCAAUGCCAAGCUUUGCAUUCUUCAGCCCUAGUUCUAUGGUUGAGGAAGGUAGUUGUUCGUUGGAGUUCUCAGCCAGCAUAGAUGCAGUUCAUCAAGUGACAAGCUCAGGGAAGUUGCUCCUAUUGUCAGAUUCCCUUUCAUUUAGACUUGAAGCUAGGGAAGUGAUUAACAGACCAGCAGAAGCUAAAAGAUCUGGUGUGACAACUGGGUCUAGGACAUUGGGCAUCCACAGCAAGAGGAACCGCACAAUUGGACUUGGUGAGCAUGAGCAACUAGAUUUCAUGGUCAACGAAUCAAUCAUCCGCUGGUCAUCAUGUACACAUCUUACUACUUCUCUACGAUCUUCUCUCGUUUGUUGACCUGACAGUGUAUCAUGUUGCUAAUUCCUGAUGCUUAGUGCCACUUUUGAUAUUAGUUGCAAGUAUGAUGAUAAAAUUUGGCUUUUACCGGUAGGUAGAAAGAGUAAACAGAGCCAAUUUGCAGAAUUAACAUGCUCGUGUGAAGUGAUGUUAAUGUAUUCUAUCAUGUUCCCAGUGGGCUGAUUGCUGAUGCUUGGUUUUACUUUUCACUAGCUUUGAGUAGGAGGUGUGAUUAUUGAUGUCUUGUAAGUUCUAAUGGUUAUGGAGAGUGAUUUGUGGAGUUUAGUCAUAAGUUGGAGGAGUGCCCAGUUAUGGAUAUGAGCCUGGCCCUUGUGUAUAAAUUGAUUGUUCACAUAAUGCUUUCCUAGUAUGCAAUCUUACCAUUUGGUC